AAGGCAGGGCGGGAGCUGCGGGACGAGCGCCUGAGGUGCCCUGGAGAAGCCAUGGAGCUGAGCAGCAAGAAGAAGCUUCAUGCUCUAUCCCUGGCCGAGAAGAUCCAGGUGCUGGAACUCCUGGAUGAGUCCAAGAUGUCCCAGUCGGAGGUGGCCCGGCGCUUCCAGGUCUCCCAGCCACAGAUCUCACGCAUCUGCAAGAAUAAGGAGAAGCUGCUGGCGGACUGGUGCAGUGGCACAGCCAACCGGGAGCGCAAACGCAAGCGCGAGUCCAAGUACAGCGGCAUCGACGAGGCUCUGCUCUGCUGGUACCACAUUGCUCGGGCCAAGGCCUGGGACGUGACGGGGCCUAUGCUGCUCCACAAAGCCAAGGAGCUGGCCGACAUCUUGGGCCAGGAUUUUGUGCCUAGCAUUGGCUGGCUGGUCCGUUGGAAACGCCGAAACAAUGUGGGUUUUGGUGCCCGCCAUGUACUAGCACCUCCGUUCCCCCCUGAGCCACCUCCCCCAGGCCUCACAUCCCAGCUGCCUCUUUCUCUUAAAGACUUCUCUGCAGAGGACGUUUUUGGCUGUGCUGAAGUGCCCUUGCUGUAUCGAGCAGUGCCUGGCAGACUAGGUGCUGGUGAUCAAGUGCAAGUGCUGCUGUGUGCCAACAGCAGGGGCACAGAGAAGCGACGGGUGCUGGUCAGUGGUCUCCAGGCUGCACCAAGGUGCUUCUUUGGGGUCAGCAGUGAGGCCCUGCCUGCCUCCUACCACCCUGACGUGGGCAUCCCCUGGUCAGAGUGGCUGGCACAGUUUGACCGGGACAUGGGGAGGCAGGGCCGACAGGUAGCCUUGCUGCUGGCUGCCCAGGUGGUGGAGGAGUUGGCAGUCCUGCCUGGGCUCUGCCACGUGAGGCUCCUGCCUCUUCCUACCGCUGGCACCACACCUUCUCUACCCAGCUCUGUGGUCCGGGCCUUUAAGGCCCAUUACCGGCACCGUCUGCUGGGCAAGCUGGCGGCUGCCCAGAGCAAGAGGGCUGGCACGUCGCUGGCUGAGGCUGGGGCCGGCAUCACGGUGCUGGACACUCUGCACAUGGCGGCGGCAGCCUGGGCCAAGGUUCCUCCCCAGUUCAUUGUAAGCAGCUUCCUUCAGGAAGGGCUAGCUCCCUGCAAAAUGCCCCUGUGCUCGGACAAAGCCUCUGAGAUGCCACCAGUGCCCAGUGGGCUGAGCCUCGAGGAGUUUUCCCGCUUUGUGGACCUGGAGGGCGAGGAGCCCGUGUCUGGAGUGUGCAAAGAGGAGAUGGGUGCUGAAGACGGGGAGGGGGCUGGGGGGGAUGGCUUCGAGCCCCUGCCCACCAAAGCCGACGCCCUCCGGGCCCUGGGCACCCUGAGGAGGUGGUUCGAGUGCAACAGCACCUCCCCUGAGCUAUUUGAGAAGUUCUACGCCUGUGAGGAGGAGGUUGAGCGGCUCUGCUGCCUGUGAAGGGCCCUGCUCCUCGCCAGAGCCCCCUCGCAUCCUGUUUCCCGUGGAAACGCCCUCUCACAGAAGGCGGGUGGGAGGCCGGUCUCUUUCAGGUUGAAAUGGGGCUUUUGUGAAAGGUGUAGAAGGGAGACAAGUUGGGAGACGAAGCCUAAACUCUGAGCGAAAGUCACCCGAGCCCAGAGAAGAGACAUCCAAAGGCGUCCCCUGGGUGAGCGAGGCCAGGCUGGGCAGUUUCUGAGCCUCAAGGGAGGCUGGGACUUGGGCAGGUGAAA